GUGCUGCGAGGAGCUCGAUUUUGAACCUCUCAUACCAUUUGCAACUCCGGUGCAACAAUAGUAAGGCAGCCCAUGAAGUUAUGUUAUGUCCGUAUGUAUAUAGUCCAAUUAAGCGCCCGAGCAGCUGUGCGUCACCAAACACCAAACACCGAACACACGACGUCGAACACCACGACGCCGAAACUGCGAAAAUCCAAUGCCGGAACCGAGUCCCUGUCCCUCCCUCCUUCGUGCGAAUUCUCUCUACCUAAUCCACCUCUCCCCCCUCCAUCCACGCACUAACGCACCUCCACGCACCUCCCGGCUCCCCCGUAGCCGCCCGCCGCCGCCGCGCGCUCAAUGCAUCCCAUGCCGCAUGACCGCGAGCCCGGAC